CUUCUCAACACUGUGCGCGCUUAUCGCUACUCGUAUACGUAAAUAGCGGUCAUUUCUAAAAAAAACAAACUGAAAAAUAAAUAAGAAAAUUUCCCUAGAAAAAAAACCUAUUGGAAAUAUAACCGGAAAAUUUCCAUCAAAACAGAGAAAUGUCUAAUCUAUUGAGUAACUAACAAAUAAUUAAGUUAACAUAACAAUAAAAUUUAAAUAAUAAAACAAAUAAACUGUUAAAUUUUUAUAAAAAAUUAGUUUUUUUUUCCAACUCUUAAACUAAAUUAUUAGUAACGAAUUUAGUUUUGUGUUUGUGUAAAUGUUUGGGAGUUUGUUAACAAACUCUGAGGCUUUUGUUUUGGUUGAAAACGUCAAACGACGAUCUUUAUGACUUUUGAAAGCGUGACUAAGUCGUGAUUUAUGGUGGCGUGUGGUUUUUAAAAUUCAUACUCAUCCCGUGGUUUCAUCUCGUUCUGGUUAUAACAAACAGCCAAACGUUUUAGUGAACAUUAACAAGCUUCGUCAUCAUCAUCAAUAGCAACGUAAUUUUCUGCUGCUUUCCUGACGAAGACAACGUCGUAGUCGUCAGCUGUGUUUAAAUUUAAAUCGAUUUGGCAUCGAUUUGUUGUUGAAUUUUGCGUAGGUGAGUGCAAAGCUUAUGACCGUAAAUACAAAUCAUCGAGUUUUAUUUUCAUCAUCUUCCAACGUCUGCGAUAUCCUGCUGGGCUUUCAACUUUGUAACUCCAAAGCAGUGCAUUGUUGUUUGUCAUGGACUCCUUGGGUUUAAACGCCGUUAGCAAUAUGCAGGAAUAUAAUGCAAAUAUAGUAAUUUCUACAGCUUCAGCUGCACCCACAAAAUCAUCUUCUUCUUCCUCCUCUUCCUCUUCUGCUGCUACAGCCACCCCUACGUCUUCGUUAACGUCGUCAUGUUCAACGACGUCGACUUCAUCAUCGUCAUCGAGAAAUUCUCAUCACAAGAAGUUAAGUCAGAAUGAAAUACGUUCAUAUCUGAAUGUUUCCGAGGUCAAUAGCCGCCAGAAUCAGAAUCUCCUACAUUCAAAUAAUACUCCUUCAUCUUCUGGCCCUAACACUGCUACGCAAACGCAACAAAAUAUUACAGAAAUCAUUAACAAUCCAGCUUUGUUGGAAGUUUUAGUAAAUGCUUCAGCCGUACAGCAACAUCAUCAGCACCAGCACCAGCAACAACAACAACAACAACAGCAACAUCAGCAAUCAUCUGCCACAAAAGAUGUAAAUGCCUGCAGCAAAUCAAAUACUCAGAGUCAACAGUCUAGCAAAGUUUGUAGCACCACCAACACCAUUUCAACCACAACAAAUGAUUUGGCAGCUGCAGCUGCUGUGGUUCUAUCAUUGCAAGGUACAAUGGUAACAAGUUUGCAACAAGCCGCUUUACUUCCCGUUAAUUCACCAGCUGCUGCUGCUUUAAAUCUACAAGCUCUCGAGUCGUAUUUGGCAUUGCAACGUAUAACCGGUAAAUCAGAUGUAUUUCGCUUCAAUACCGUGGGAACCACUGCUUCAACUGCAGCCACAACAUCAACAACAACACUAACAUCAUCAUUAUCGCCAUCAUCAUCGUCUACAUCAUCAUUGGAUAACACUUCAAAUGCUCAUACUUCUAGCGCUAAUGUUGCGUCCAGUGUUCAUCACAAAAACUCAACUAGGAAGGAGUUGUCGAAGACGGUUAAUAGUAUUAAGGAAUCGGUUAAUGAUAAUGAUUCUUUAUAUUCGGAAAAGACCACUAUUACAAAAUUGCCCUCAGCCAAUAGUCUGUUUCAUUCCCUCCACUCUAGCUCUUCAACUGAUCUCGGGGAUUGUGAAAUACCCCUACUGCAUAGCAAUGACGAUACUUUGAAUUUUGAAUCUAACGAAUUGGAAACUACAUUCCUCUUUAACACUGCCCUAAUCAGCACUAUAUCGGGAGUUCAACAGCAGCAGCAGCAACAACAUCAACAACAGUCUUCCAGUUGUAAUCAAGACUUGGAACAAAUAAACAAUUUACAAACCACCAUGUUUCAAGACAAACUCAACACUUUGGCCGCCACCGAUUGUUCAGCUCACAGCUCGGUAAAUACCAACCAUACUGAGGCAUCAGUUUGCGCCGCUGGUGCUCUUAAUCAACCAGCCGCUGCGGUAUUGGCCAAUGCCCAACGUUCUAAGAAACAGUUUAUUUGCAAGUUUUGCAAUCGUCAAUUUACCAAGUCCUAUAAUCUACUCAUACACGAACGCACACAUACCGAUGAGAGACCCUAUUCGUGUGAUAUUUGCGGUAAAGCUUUUAGGCGUCAAGAUCAUUUAAGAGAUCAUAGAUACAUACACUCCAAGGAAAAACCCUUUAAAUGUGCCGAGUGUGGCAAAGGAUUUUGCCAGUCUCGCACUUUGGCUGUUCACAAAAUCUUACACAUGGAAGAGUCUCCGCACAAAUGUCCCGUUUGUAAUCGUUCUUUUAAUCAAAGAUCGAAUUUAAAGACCCAUCUUCUCACACACACCGAUAUCAAGCCAUAUAAUUGUAAUGCCUGCGGCAAAGUUUUCCGACGUAAUUGCGACUUAAGACGCCAUAGUUUGACUCAUAAUUUAACAUCGGGUUCUUCAACCAACAUGAGUGACUCUUUGGUUUCUCUAACCUCUACAGUAAAUGAGAUACUUAAUAGUCCCACGGGUUCGCAACAUAAGGAUAUAUUAAUAACGUGUCCCUCCUCUACAACAUUAACCAGCCCGUCGGCUACAUCUGUAAUGCUGGCAACACAUUGUACGGCCCCUAUAACAACCACAAAAUCAUCUGCCGUAGAUCUUAUAGCCGUAAAAGCGGAAUUAUUUUGAAUCGCAAACCCUAAAUAAGAUAUUACAGUUUUAAAGAAAUAAAACACGUUCCGCUUUUUAAGCGGUCGGAUUUUAACGGCUUAUUCCUAGCUCUCUUUUAUUCUUACUCUCCGAAAUCCUCUCACUCCCUCCCUCUCUCUUUUAGCUUUUGUUUUCUUUUUGAAAAGAGUAAACAUUAGAAAUUAAAUCUCAAAUUAAAACCCUGAAUAUCAUCAUGAUCAUUAUUUCUCCUGUAAGAGAUCGAUCCAUUUAGCUUCCAUUAAAUCAUUUAAACUUAAGUUUAGUUAAUAAAUGUUUAGUUUUUUUUAAUUUGUAUGCUAUUUUUUAUUUUAAAUGUAUGUUUUUUUUACAAGUACAAUUUAAGUAAUGUUUUUUCUUUUUUUUUAUUUUAUACAUUUUUCGCAUUG